AUGCGGAUCGCCUCUAUCCUUCUUCUUCUUCUGAGCCUCCUCUUUCGGGACUGUACGGGGGGGUCCACCUUCUACCGACCACCGGGCUCUGGUCCCGCCGGAGACUUCCGAGACAACCCCCAGUAUACGUUGGGCGAGAUAGUAAACCUCCAAUGGGAGACUGACGACAUGUCCAUUGACUUAUACCUCGUUCAAAAGUUACCUGAGGACGAGGUCGCUGCCAUUUUGUUCGGCUGGGCCUGGAACGUCUCCCUCGAUACCUUUCCGUCCUGGCAUAGCCCGGAUCUGAGUAACGUGUACUAUCUGCACUUGCAGGCCUCUCUGCCUGUUGGCGUCAUUGGUGCAGGUGUUGCGUCCCACUAUUUCAACAUCACCCCCAGCGCCGCGUCAUCAGUCUCGUCGUCGGCCUCACCAUCAUCUUCGACAUUGUGGACAUCCGUUGCAUCACCGACGACAACGCCGAGCGCAACGAGCACAUCAGAGCUGGACCGUGAUGAGCUAUCGACUGGCGCAGUGUCUGGUAUUGCGGUCGGAGCGACAUUCAUUGGGACACUCUUUGUAGUAGGAUUAGCGGGAUUUCUGUUCUGGCGGCGGUGGCGGACCAAUAAAAAGAGGGAAGGGGAAGAAUUAGGCGCGAUCAUCACUGCGAACGAUGAAAACGAGAUACAUGUCUACAAGAGAGAUGUAUCCGAGCCAUCGAGUGAAUUAUUUGUUGAGAGUACUCGACGCUUCGGAGCCGAGGGUUCGAAACUAAGUGAGAUGAGGUUUGAGAUGUCGGGAGAUUCGGUCGUACGCAAAUGA